UAUUUUAUGAACUUGACGUCUCUGAGAAUGAGUUAACUCUGGACUGUCACGCAAACGCAGACUAACCACCGUCGCAACGGACAAUGGCGUUUGUCCGAGGAAUUUACGAGAAGAAGCGUUAAAUGAUUUAUUCGUUUAUUUAUUUAUUUUUAAAAACAAUUAGACAGUGCUUAAUUUCCACGACACUAUAACAUUUUUUUAAAUACAACGAGAGAGAGGGAGAGAGCGGGAGAGAGCGAGGGAGCUCCCUGACUCACCGUCGUUACCAUCAUGCCCGAGGCGUCGAAGAUGAAGAAGCCCGACGUCAAGUUGGUCCUGCUGGGGGACAUGAACGUGGGAAAGACGUCGCUGCUCCACAGGUACACGGAUAGGAAGUUCAAAGACACCGUCAGCACCGUCGGAGGGGCGUUCUUCCUCAAGCAGUGGGGACCUUACAACAUCUCAAUAUGGGACACAGCCGGUCGUGAACAGUUUCACGGGUUGGGCUCCAUGUACUGUCGAGGUGCAUCCGCUGUCAUCCUCACGUACGAUGUUACUAACUGGCAAAGCUUAGCUGAGCUGGAGGAGCGCUUCCUGUCGCUGACUGACACUGCUAGCCAUGACUGCAUUUACGCCAUAGUGGGCAACAAGGUUGACCUCACUGACCCUAAAGCCCAGCUGUCCCAGGACUCGGGUGGAGUUUCUGAGGAUCAAACCGAGCACGAGGAGGAAAGGACAGAACCACAGGUACUGUCUUCAUGUCCGACACCUCCAGCCUCCCCUGCAUCCCUCUCUGGGAUCACCGUACACAAACAGGUUGCCCAUGAGGAUGCAAUGGCACUUUAUGGGAGAAUACUACGAUAUAAGGGCCUGGACGAAAAGAGCAGCCUGCCUGCAGAGAGGAUGUGCUUUGAGACGAGUGCCAAGACGGGCUACAAUGUGGAUGCUUUGUUUGAGGCAUUGUUUGAUUUGGUGCUACCUUCCAUUCUGAGGAAGAGAAAUGAGAACCAACAGUGUCCUACGAUUGAUCUGGAGGAGGGCAGGGGAGCCAGCAGCAAGAGGGCCAGAUUCUGCUGCUAGGAGCUAAAAGAAGGUGCAGGGCCUUGAUUUUUUUUUUUUUUUUUUUUUAACAAAGGACAAUCAACAGGUCGGUCGGAGCUACAAAUGCAUACUGUGAUGGUACCUCUUAUUGCCUUGAUUUAGAACCAAUAGCAAUUAGGACUUUUCAGAAAGAUGUCUUGAGUUUAUAGUGUCCAGAGCCAUUUCCUGUGUCAGGAUAGGAAGUAAAUGAGUAUUGUUGUCACCUUGAGCAUUAAAAUCUUCCACCAUAAUGACUGAAACUGCACUUAUAUCCCUAUAAUGUGUUUGAUGGCAAACAAAACACAUAAGUGAACAACUGCUAUUUUUAAAAAGUUCUGAUUUAAACUUCACUAAUUGUUUGUUGUGCAGCAUUAUUCACCAUUUGUUAUAGUUGCCCUACAAGGUUUUCCUAAAUCACAAUAUUUUUUUUUUUACUAUAAUGGUCUGUCACGAGUUUGAUACUGAUUUAUUUUCCUUUUAUGUUCUCUCACUAGCAUAAUGAUCUUUAUGUAUUAUUGCCACUUUUAGAGAUUUCCAGUGAGUGUAAAUAGUAAAUACCCUGUGUCAAUUUUUUACCUACGCUGUUAUAAUAAAAAUUUUUAUUUUCA